CUUCUUCUUCUUCCCUUCCUUCCUUCCUUCCUUCCUUCCUAGGUGAAGGAUGGACUACUCCUACGACGAGGACCUGGACGAGCUGUGCCCGGUGUGUGGGGACAAGGUCUCGGGGUACCACUACGGGCUGCUCACCUGCGAGAGCUGCAAGGGUUUCUUCAAGAGGACGGUGCAGAACAACAAGCACUACACAUGUACGGAAAGCCAGAGCUGCAAGAUCGACAAGACGCAGCGCAAGCGGUGCCCGUACUGCCGUUUCCAGAAGUGCCUGGCUGUGGGAAUGAGGCUGGAAGCUGUCCGGGCAGAUCGCAUGCGGGGCGGACGCAACAAGUUUGGCCCCAUGUACAAGCGCGACCGGGCGCUGAAGCAGCAGAAGAAGGCCCUCAUCCGUGCCAAUAGCUUCAAGCUCGAAGGGGCGGCCGUGGUCGUGCCUCCCCCACCGCCUCCUUCGGUGGCCUCGGUCGUCUCUCCGGCGCAGGCGGCAGACUACAGCGGCUCCCUCCCGGCCUCCCUCCACGCCUUGGCACAUCCGCCCAUCAACAUCAGCACCAGCACUUCGGCCAUGACUCCCGUCGAUUACGAGCGCAGCCCGUACGGGACGCCCGCUUUGGCCGGCCAUGGGGUCGCGCUCUCGGGCUUCCCCUACCCUCCGCCCUUCGCCAGCCGGGCCAUCAAGUCCGAGUUCCCGGACCCGUACGCGGCACAUCCCCACGAAGCGGCGGCCCCGGCUUACCCAUACCCGGAGGCCUUUCCCGGAGGAGGAGGAGGAGGAGGAGGAGGAGGAGGAGAAGGAGGAGGAGGAGGCCCAUCGUCCCCGGCCGCCCCGGCCCCCGAGGUGCCUGAGGUCAUCCUGAAGCUGCUGCAGCUGGAGCCCGACGAGGUGCAGGUCAAGGGCCGCAUCCUGAGCUGCCUCCAGCAGGAGCAGGGCAAGAGCCGCCCCCAGGAGAAGCUCAACACCUUUGGCCUCCUCUGCCGCAUGGCCGACCAGACCCUCUUCGCCAUCGUGGAGUGGGCACGCAGCUGCCUCUUCUUCAAGGAGCUGGAGGUGGGAGAUCAGAUGAAGUUACUGCAAAACUGCUGGAGCGAGCUGCUCGUUUUUGACCAUAUUUUCCGCCAAGUGCAGUACGGAAAGGAGCACAGCAUGAUGCUGGUGACCGGCCAGGAGGUGGACCUGUCCACGGUGGCCACGCAGGCUGGCUCGAUCCUCAACAACCUGGUCUUGAGAGCUCAGGAGCUGGUGCUCCACUUGCAUUCGCUCCAGGUGGACAAGCAGGAGUUUGUGUGCCUGAAGUUCCUUAUUCUCUUCAGUCUCGAUGUGAAGUACGUGGAGAACUCAAGCCUGGUGAAAGAAGCGCAAGAGAAGGCCAACGCGGCCCUGAUGGAGUACACGGUCUGCCACUAUCCCCACGCCACGGACAAAUUCCGGCAGCUGCUGCUCCGGUUGGCCGACAUCCGGGCCCUCAGCAUGCAGGCCGAGGAGUAUUUGUACCACAAGCACCUGAGCGGAGAGGUCCCCUGCAACAACCUGCUGAUCGAGAUGCUCCACGCCAAGCGGACUUGAGAGCGCAGCCCGGGCAAAGCGAUGGUGGCCGGCGCUCUCCUGGGAAGGAUAGGUGGGCGCUGG